AGGUAUGAUGCACUCAUUUCCAUGAACAUUACUGUGCAUAUUAAAGCUAUUUAAAUAUCGUAACAGGCGCCCGGUUAGAGUUGUUUCUCCUAGUUCAAUAUUUUUAUCUCCAAAAAAUGACUUUUUUCUUAGUUGAAUUCUCUGAUAUGUCUGAAGAAAUCGAAAGGAUUUUAGUAAUUGAUGUAAACUGAAUAUUGUAGCCAUUAUCUAAAAUUAGAAAUAGUAAUAGUACCUGCUCUAUAACAUACUCUUAAGAUGAAAUCCAAAAGUAUACUAGUAACAGGAUUUGGACCUUUUGCUGGUCAUGCUAUAAAUGCAAGUUGGCAAUCAGUGCAGUUAUUGCCGGAUGAAGUAAAUGGAAUAAAAGUUAUUAAAAAGGAAGUACCAGUAGAAUAUGUUUAUGUAGAAUCAGAGAUACCCCAAUUGUGGAAAGAACAUACGCCUAUGUUAGUGGUACAUGUUGGAGUUUCAUCUGAAGCAACAAAAAUAACAAUAGAAAAGUGUGCAAAUCGAGAUGGUUACAAUAUAUGUGAUAGUGCUGGAUUGAUUCAUCCCUCAGGAUUAGCAUGUACAGAUGGAAGCGACUGUAUUUUUACGGAAAUAGACAUUGAAGCUGUCCAAAAUAGUGUUAAUAAUACUGGAAAACUGCAAUCUUGUGUUUCAGAUAAUGCAGGAAGAUAUCUCUGUGAGUUUAUCUACUAUACUUCACUAAACGUGGAUCCAUCUAGGACAUUAUUUGUUCAUGUACCUCCUUUGAACAUGCCAUAUUCUGCCCAGGAAUUAUCAGAUGGAUUAUUAGAAAUUAUAAAAUGUGCACUGGAACAAAUAACUCAGCAAAGAGACAAAUGUGAAAGUGCAGUUGCUGUGUGCUAAAUUUAAUUUGUGUAUGAUUUGUGCCAUGAAACAGGCACUGCAUGUUACUGCAAAACUGAUCAGUGUAAACUAUUUUAAUAUACUAUGUAAGAAAAUGUUAGGAAUUAAGUAUAAAGUUUAAAUCAACACUUUUAUUUAAACUCCCAUACGCAGAUAUGUUUAAAAUGUUUAAACAUACAGUAUUGUGCGAAUUAAUAUGAACAGAGAUCGAAAUUUAGUUACAUAAGUUGGCACACCUGCUGUGCCUAUUCUGUCAACUGUUUUGUCAAAAAAACAACAUAACCUCAAAACCUUAUUAGUAUAUAUAUUGUUCAAAACAUGUGCUUUGUGUUUUAUAUCAUUAUUAUAUUUUGUUGUAUCUCAAGUUAUGUGCAAGUUGGUGUUAUUUUCAUUGAUUUAACUGUGCAAUUAGGUUUAACUUUUUAAUGUGGAUAUCACUCCUAGGAAAAGAGAAAGGAUCAUAACACUUAGUGAGCAUACACCAAUGACUCAGAGGGACAUUGAAAAGGAGUCUUGUGUAAGUUUGGGUGCAGUUAACAAAAUAAUGUAACAAAAAAAAAGGAAACAGGGUCAGUUGAAGUGCAGCGGAAAGAAAAAUGUGGAAGAAGACGGAAGACUACUCCUCGAGAUGAAGCCUUUCUUUUGUGCGAUAGCAAACAUUAUCCCAGAAAAACAAGUUGUUAUGACCUCCAGCAGGAUUUAGAAAAGGCUGGAAUAAAAAUUCACGACUCAACGGUACGCGGACGUCUCUUAGAAGGAGGGAGAAGAGCCGUGAGACCGCAGAAGUAACAAUUUCUGACAGCGCCUAUGAUGAAAAAUAGACUAAAUUAGGCAAAAAAUACGCAUUGGAGUGCAGAAGAUGGGAAAAAAGUGUUAUUUUUUGAUGAGACCCACUUCCUAAUGCAGGGCCAGCGAUCAAAAUUCGUACGAAAGGCAGCCAAUGAGUCACUUUCAGCUAGCCAUAUUAACCAAAUAGUUAAAGAUCCCACCAAAAAAUGUUCUGGGGCUGUUUUUCGUACUCAGAAACUGGCACUCUUAUUCUUAUUGAAGGUAUGAUGAACAGUGAAAACUACAAAGUCAUGCUAAGGCAACGCUUAGCUAUAGAGUUUGACAAAGUACAGGCCGAAGGGACUGCAAUUUUUCAACAAGAUUCAGCUCCGUGCCAUGUAUCUAAGGUUAUGAUGAAACACUUCAAGGAUAAUAAUAUUACCCUUCUUGAUUGGCCUGGGAAUUCACCUGACCUUAAUCCUAUUGAAAAUGUGUGGGCAAUAUGUAAGGCUAAACUGCAAAAAUUUGACUGUACGACAAAAACAAAAAUGGUGGAAGCAGUGAUUAAGGUGUGGUUUAGAGAUGAAACAAUCACAAACAAUUGCAAAAAACUUGUGGAUUCCAUGCCUAGAAGACUCCAGGAAGUCAUAAAAGUAAAAGGGGGACAUAUUAAAUACCAAUUAAUGAAAAAAAUCUCAUGUAAGUGUACCUAAAUUUACCUUUGGUCUAAAUAAAUCAUAUUUACAAAUUAAUUCUGUUUGUUCACAUUAAUUCGCACAAUACUGUAUGUCUAAAAAGUUUAAACUGAUGAACUAUCUGUUUUGUAUUUUUAAGAAUAGAUAAAACUUAGUUCUUGUAGUUUUCUGUACCAUUCAAACAUAAGAUAAUUUGAUUUACCAAUUUAUUAUAGCUAUAUAUUUUUAUCAAUUCUUUGUUUCUUACUGGAAUGUAGUGUUUCGUAUAUUCAAAGAAUUGAUUAAAGUAUCUUCCUGUAG